UGUCAUCUUGUUUAACUGUAGCGUUUUUUUCUUUUUUUUUGGUUUCAAAAGCUUAGUUUUUGUCAUGCAAUAUUGAUUUAUAUGUAAUAAUAUUCUUCAAUAUUUCUGUUGUGGAUGUUAAAUUAUUUGAAGGGGGUAUGCUGCAUUGGAUUGGCAAUUUGAUUUGCCAAUCGUACAAGAUCAUAGCUUUCUUGAUCCUCUUCCACUCGAGAGCUGCGCGGACAUUGAUCCUAUUUACUCCUCACUCGACAUUCCACCAAUCCGAACUGUAUUAGAAGGUGUGUUUCAGUAUUCCUGUUAGUACUUUGAUGUCUCGUCGACGUUUUUGAUGUACAGUUGAAGUUAAUCUAACGUUCAAAAGUUAAGCAGAUGAUGGAAUUUUCUUUGCAAACGAAACGGCCUGGUUGGGAGUUAAUUCUAGUGAUCUAUGCGCUGGGUUAACUGAGGUUAAUCACAACCAUCAUCAGCAAUAUCAACAACAACAACAGCAACCUUUGCUUCUGACAUGCGAAAAUGAAAAAAAUGGCAUAACUGAUGAGAACGAUUCAAGGGAAGAGAGAAAUAAGGUGAUUAGUAAGAGGGCACUCUCUUAUAAAAGACAUAGAUCAUCAAGCUCCUCUCUCUCUUCCUCCAAAAUGUUGUCAAGAGAGACCGUUUCGCAGUACUUUUACAUGCCAAUCACUCAGGCAGCAAAAGAACUCAACGUAGGGCUAACCCUUCUCAAAAAAAGGUGUCGGGAGUUGGGCAUUCGUCGGUGGCCUCACCGGAAGCUGAACAGCCUUCAAACCCUAAUCCGAAACAUUCAGGAGUUAGGAAAGGAAGGAGAAGAGAGCUCAGAUAAGCUUCGGAAUGCGAUCGCGUUGCUGGAGAGGGAGAGGAAGCUGCUGGAGGAAGUGCCUGACAUGCAGCUUGAAGACAAUACGAAGCGGUUGAGGCAGGCCUGCUUCAAAGCCAAUUACAAGAAGAGGAAGAUCAUGGGGAUGAAUGUUAUGGGGCAAUCACAAUCAUCUCUCAGUUGCAGCAACAUUCAGUACCCAACAAGCUCGAUGGAUGCUGACGAGGAAGACGAAGAAAUUAAGUCUCUCUUGUCCGACUCAUUUUCCUCAAAUAACAAUGCAUGCAACACUCUAUUUUAAAUUUUAAUCGGUUGGAAUUGCUUUUUCUAAUUUCAAUUUAGUUUUCAUGUGUUUAUUUAUUUUUUUUUAAUUUUCUUAUAGACUCCAUGUUUUUGAAUUUUAGUGAUGUAUUAUGAGUGUGUAACUUCAUGAGCAAUGGGGCUCUGAAUUUUCUAACAUUGUGGUUCCAUUUCGGGAAGAAUCUUACAUAGCUUUACCGCGUAGGUUAACUCUCUCAUGAGGUGAUAACAAGACAUU